CGGGCGGGCACGGGAGGCGCAGCCGGCGCGGGCGGUAGGCGGCAGACAGCUCUGGGCGGCGGCGAGGAUGCUGACGGGGAGGCUGUGCUGGGUGCCGCUCCUGCUGGCGCUGGGCGUGGGGAGCGGCGGCGGCAGCGGCGGCGGCGGCAGCCGGCGGCGCCGCCUCCUCGCGGCUAAAGUCAACAAGCACAAGCCAUGGAUUGAGACAUCAUAUCAUGGAGUCAUUACUGAGAACAAUGAUACAGUCAUUUUGGACCCACCGCUGGUAGCCCUGGACAAAGACGCACCAGUUCCUUUCGCAGGGGAGAUUUGUGCGUUCAAGAUCCACGGCCAGGAGCUGCCCUUUGAGGCCGUGGUGCUCAACAAGACAUCGGGAGAGGGCCGGCUCCGUGCCAAGAGCCCCAUCGACUGUGAGCUGCAGAAGGAGUACACAUUCAUCAUCCAGGCCUACGACUGUGGCGCGGGGCCCCGGGAGACAGCCUGGAAGAAGUCACACAAGGCCGUGGUCCAUAUCCAGGUGAAGGACGUCAAUGAGUUUGCUCCAGCCUUCAAAGAGCCCGCCUACAAGGCUGUGGUGACCGAGGGUAAGAUCUACGACAGCAUCCUGCAGGUGGAGGCCGUCGAUGAGGACUGCUCCCCCCAGUACAGCCAGAUCUGCAACUAUGAAAUUGUCACCACCGAUGUCCCUUUUGCCAUUGACAGAAAUGGCAACAUCAGGAACACCGAGAAGCUGAGCUAUGACAAGCAGCACCAGUACGAGAUCCUGGUGACCGCCUACGACUGUGGCCAGAAGCCUGCCGCUCAGGACACCCUGGUGCAGGUGGACGUGAAGCCAGUGUGCAAGCCUGGCUGGCAAGACUGGACCAAGAGGAUCGAGUACCAGCCUGGCUCGGGGAGCGUGCCCCUGUUCCCCAGCAUCCACCUGGAGACGUGCGAUGGAGCCGUGUCCUCCAUCCAGAUCACCACGGAGCUGCAGACCAACUACAUUGGGAAGGGAUGUGACCGGGAGACCUACUCGGAGAAAUCCCUUCAGAAACUAUGUGGAGCCUCCUCUGGCAUCAUCGACCUCCUGCCGUCCCCCAGCGCUGCCUCGAACUGGACUGCGGGACUGCUGGUGGACAGCAGCGAGAUGAUCUUCAAGUUUGAUGGCAGGCAGGGUGCCAAGGUCCCUGACGGGAUUGUGCCCAAGAACUUGACGGACCAGUUCACCAUCACCAUGUGGAUGAAACACGGUCCCAGCCCUGGCGUGAGAGCCGAGAAGGAAACCAUCCUCUGCAACUCAGACAAGACUGAAAUGAACCGGCACCACUACGCCCUGUACGUGCACAACUGCCGCCUGGUCUUCCUCCUGCGGAAGGACUUCGACCAGGCCGACACCUUCCGCCCGGCCGAGUUCCACUGGAAGCUGGACCAGAUUUGUGACAAAGAGUGGCAUUACUAUGUCAUCAAUGUGGAGUUUCCUGUGGUUACCUUAUACAUGGAUGGAGCAACAUAUGAACCUUACCUGGUGACCAACGAUUGGCCCAUUCAUCCAUCUCACAUAGCCAUGCAACUUACGGUCGGCGCAUGUUGGCAAGGAGGAGAAGUCACCAAGCCGCGGUUUGCCCAGUUCUUCCAUGGCAGCCUGGCCAGUCUCACCAUCCGCCCUGGGAAGAUGGAGAGUCAGAAGGUGAUUUCCUGCCUGCAGGCCUGCAAGGAAGGGCUGGAUAUCAAUUCCCUGGAAAGCCUCGGCCAAGGAAUAAAGUAUCACUUCAACCCCUCGCAGUCCGUCCUGGUGAUGGAAGGUGACGACAUCGGGAACAUCAACCGCGCCCUGCAGAAGGUCUCCUACAUCAACUCCAGGCAGUUCCCGACCGCGGGCGUGCGGCGCCUCAAAGUCUCAUCCAAAGUCCAGUGCUUUGGAGAAGACGUGUGCAUCAGCAUCCCCGACAUGGACGCCUACGUGAUGGUGCUGCAGGCCAUGGAGCCCCAGAUCACCCUCCACGGCACGGACCGCCUCUGGAGACCCGCCGCCCAAUUCCAAAGUGCCCGAGGCGUGACCCUCUUCCCUGACAUCAAGAUCGUGAGCACCUUCGCCAAAGCCGAGGCCCCAGGUGACUUGAAGCCCACAGCCCCCAAAUCAGCAGUCUUAGAAGAAAUGCUUCACAACUUAGAUUUCUGUGACAUUUUGGUGCUGGGAGGGGACUUGGACCCAAGACAGGAGUGCUUGGAGCUUAACCACAGUGAGCUCCACCAGCGCCACCUCGACGCCACCAACUCCACUGCAGGCUACUCCAUCUACGGUGUGGGCUCCAUGAGCCGCUAUGAGCAGGUGCUACGUCACAUCCGCUACCGCAACUGGCGUCCAGCUUCGCUCGAGUCCCGGCGGUUCAGGAUCAAAUGCUCAGAACUCAACGGGCGCUACACCAGCAACGAGUUCAACUUGGAGGUCAGCCUCCUCCAUGAGGUCAGAGUCUCAGACAAUGAGCACGUCAACCACCUCAUCGUGCAGCCUCCCUUCCUCCAGUCCGUCCACCACCCCGAGUCCCAGACUAGCGUCCAGCGCAGUUCAGUGGUCCCGAGCAUUGCCACGGUGGUCGUCAUCAUCUCCGUGUGCAUGCUAGUGUUCGUGGUGGCAAUGGGCGUGCACCGGGUCCGGGUCGCCCACCAGCACUUCACCCAGGAGACCGAGGCUGCCAAGGAGGUCGAGAUGGACUGGGAUGACUCUGCGCUCACUAUCACAGUCAACCCCAUGGAGAAACACGAAGCACCAGGACACAGGGAAGAUGAGACGGAGGAGGAAGUGGAAGAAGACAUCAGCUCCAGCAGCAGCGACUCAGAUGCCAGCGACGAGGAGGAGGUGGAGGGAGGGGUGGGCAGGGGCAGACAAGGGCAGAGCGGAGCCAGGCAAGCCCAGCUGGAGUGGGAUGACUCCACCCUCCCCUACUAGCGCCCCUCCUUCUGUGCCCGCCCACUGUCCCUUUUGUAAGCCACAGCUAAUGUAUGUGAGUCUAUCACUGUCGCCUCCGAUUUCAAUGACACUCUGGGCAGGCCUUCCCCAGCCUCCUGGAACCCACCCUUCACGCGUGGGCACUCCUGUGCCCCAGCCCUGGGCUGGUUCCAGGAAGCCCAGCCUCAUCCUCAGUGGGGACUUCGGGGUGGACUGUCCUGCCACGCCCACUGCUCCUCCCCGACUCCCAGGUCCUGUCAGCCCAUCUGCAGAGUUCUGCCUUUGCUCUUCUCUGCAGUCACCUCCCUGGGCUCCGUGUCCCCAAGACCCUGGGGUUCCAACUCACUGUGUGCACCAAACUCAGUUGUCUCUCCACACAGACCAGCGGGUUCUCCUUACCUGACUCUUCCUUCAGGCAGGGUGGUUGGAUUUCACACACCUGAGAUCUUGGUCCUCAGCACUUUAAAGGGAAGUCCUUGCUGAGGCGGGAACUAAAUUCACAGGGAGAGGCUCCCCACUCAUGCACACACACACGCUCCCCAGUUUGCAGACCCUUUCCCUUUGACCUUUCUGAGACCAUAUAAGUGUAUGUGAAAAGUCCAAAACCUGGGCUACCACAGGCCUGGUCCCAGACAAUGCUCUCUGAGUCUGCCUGCCUAGGCAGCCGCUGAGACCCACAUGACUUCCCUGCUGGGGGCUCCCACCCCAUGAAAUCACGGAAUCCAGGAAGCAUUCCAUACAGGCCGACAUUUGUGAAAAGCCUGCAGCCAGGGAUCAGAAGGGCUGACAGUCCAAUGGUGGUGACCAUUGGACUUCAUGGUGGACACAGAUCUGGGAGACAGGGCAGCCCCAGGUGGACAAGGCUCUCGCCACCCAGUCUUAGGAUCCUCAUCCCCUAUGUCACACUGGUUUGCCUCUUAGGAAAACACAUUCCUCUUGGAUGUGUUAGAAAAAGCGUGAACUGCAUCAAGCCUAAAGCAAAAGUUUGAACAUUUAACUGCUAGGAAUUAGAAACAUUUGCUAUAACAGCUGCUUCAUUUUCUUUCCAUUAAAAAAAAAAAAGGGAGCAGCACUUUGGGUGGAGGGCAAAUAUAACUGAAAACCUAAUUUAUUUCUUUUUUUUAAUAAGGAAAUCUCUUCCAUCUCCCUCCUAACAUGGACACCUUGUGGGGAAAACUGUUGCUAUAGUAACUGGUCUGGGAUCUUUUGUGGCCAAGAGAAUAGCAGGCAAGAAUUAGGGCCAUUAGAGGACGUCCGCGAGGCUCGGACGUCUCAGGCUUUGUCCUCGCAUAUGUGAUCUGUCCCUGUCCUCCCAGUCUCCUCCAGCCCACUCCAUAUUGGCUUGGUACAGGCACAGGUCCCUUGUCACAGUGGCAUUCAGAUUCAAAAGUUCAGAAUCUGUUCAUUCUAACAUCCCCCACCCCCCCACCCGCAAUUGAAACAGAGCUCCUGAAGCUUAUGUCAAUGUCCUCUCAUUUGACCUUCACCCAGUGAGGACCCACCGUAAGCCUUUGCAACCCCUGAUUCCAGAAAACAUCCUUUAUGCAGCCCUUUCCAUCGCUGAAAGUGCUUUUUGCAUCUGUUCCUUCCUCUGAGCCUCACAAUAAUUCUGUGGCCUCUGCUGUCAGGCACAUUUCCAUUGUGAGUAAACAGAGGUUCAGAGAUUCCAGCAUCUUGCUUAGAGUCAUUCAGAGAGAUAGACUAGACUGGACUCCUCACUUUCCACUUCGAGUCCAGUGCCCACCACCCUGAUUCUACGUCUGCUCAUCUUUACCCAGCUAACUGGCAUUGCUGAGGACCUACUAUGGGCUGAGCACUCCCCCAGCAGCAGUGGGAAGGAAUGGAGCUGAGUAAGAGAAGCCCCCGGGCCUCAGAGGGCUUGAUGGUGGCAGAGUAGAACUAAAGGGCAUGGAACUGAUACAAGAGGCAGAUGCAGAAGGAGGGAGAGAAGUCACAGGAACAAGAGGGACACAUCCACAAACUCAACCAGCGCUCUUAUUUUUCCCUUAGGGAAAAACGCUGGCAGGAGUUUGGGGUUUUAUAUUCAUUGACUGGAAAUAGACACCUCUGUGAAUUCUCCCAACCAAAUAGCCUUUUCUCCCCUGCUGUGUCCACACAUCUACAGGGAGAAAACCUGUAGGACUGCCACCCCCGUCUCCAGGUGGCUGUGUCACUCAUUCGUGGCCGAGGGAGCGGUCUGGGACAUGUCAAAUCCUUGGGGGAGGGAGCAAGGGAACGUGGCACUUGGCUAGGGAGCAGAGUCAUGGACUAGACUUACAUGCAGAGAAACAACAGGUCAUCAAAGUCCUUUCCGUCAACGCCUGCUGAGAAAAGUCACAGUCUGCACCAUUUCAGAGAGGAGGCACUAGAAAUGGUGCUGCUGGGUCAAAGGCCAUUUGUCAUGUCGCCAGCACCCUACUCAUAACCAUGGUGAGAACAGGAAGGGGCGGUUAUGUAAAACAACAGAAGUGUCAGGGAUUAUCCAGGUGAGUGGCGAGUAAUGCCACUUGCCCUCCACCAGAUACUCUGUCCACAAGUGGAAAAGGUCAUGGUCAACCCAGCAUUUUCUAGUCUCUAUAUGCUGGCACCCUGGAACCAAACUCCCAGAUGACCUGGACACGCUGUGACCUCUCACCCAAUGUCACCAGUGGCAGAUACAGCCUUGAACCCAGGAGGAACAGCAGACUGAUUUGGCCAGCCCAUUGCUUGUCUUUCCAAGUGCACCGUCAGGUUCUGGAGAGGCUGAUACCUCUCCAAUGGUUCAGGUGACAGGGAGGAGAAGGAGGAAGGGUAAGAGGUUGAGAGAGAAAAGGCCAGCACAGAAUGUAUUGCCCUAGUAGAGUAAAGCAAGCAAGGAGCUGGCCACCUGUCUUAAAGAAUGCUAAAAGUACAUAUAUUCUAGUAGGUGUAAUCAAAGGCUAUAAAUCUGACCAAAGCCCAAAUUCAUCUACAUAACAAACAUGUGACUUCAGUGAGACCUUUUCCCCCAUCACUUUCCUGAAUGUACUCAACCCCGUCCAGCAGGCAUAGACCACAUAUCUGCAAGUAGCAAGGCUGUACCUGAGCACCGGGACCCUCCAGGGAGGAGGCUUCUGGUGGGGAGCAGUGUUCUUUCUCCUCUCCUGUACGUAACACGUAUAGCAGUGCUCCACAAGCUUUAUCUGUAAAGAGCCAGAAAGGGAAUAUUUAGGGGUUUGCAAGCCAUGUGGUCUCUGUUGCAAGUAUUCCCCCAGUCCUUGUAGCAUGAAACCAGCCACAGACUUUGCUUAAUCAAAUGACUAUGAACACAUUCCAAAAAUAACUUUUUUGAACACUGAAAAUUCAGGCAAAUUUAAUUCAUAUUAUUUUCACAUGUCACGACAUUUUGUUGUUCUUUUGAUUAUGAUUUUCAACCAUUUAAAAUUGGAAAAACUUUCCUGAGCCAACAGGCCAUAUAAAAACGAUAAGGUGGCCAGAUUUGGCCCUUGGGGGGUAGUGUGCACACGCCUGCCCUGCGUGUGUGGAAAUGGCUAUCUUAGACCGUCCCUUAAACUUCUCAGUGGUCUUUGCCUCUAAAAGGAACCACAAACAACACCAGGUGUCUACUUAUGCUGUUUUAAAAGUCUGUCCUAAAGAAAAUGAAAGCAAAAAAACACACGUUACUUGUUGAAUUGACUCAAAUGCAGGUGAGCAUUUGAGCUGAAGGCCCUGGGUCCAGGCACUGACUUACCACUGAGCACUAACCCCACUGAGCUGAGGGCUAACUCCCAGGCUCACGGCCUUCUCUGCAAGACGCAGCCCAUCCUGACUUCUAAGCGGGAGUGUUCAGUGUUCGUUAUCUCAGGCUGAUUUCCAUUUCAGCCCAGCUCAUGCCAUCACUCUGAAAGUGAUUCUAAAGACUUGUGACUGUUUGAAUCAAUAGGGAUGUAAUCAGUAGAGAGCCCGACCCAGCACACUUCAAAAUAACAGUCUUCUUGGCUCUAUGGUUCAAUAUUAGCAGGAGGAAGAAAAGGGCUUCUUAACCAUCCCUCGUUUAAAUGAGCCACAUCACUUUUUUUAAAAAACGUGAGGGAAUGGGUCUAAUUCUUUGAAAGGAUUGACCAGUGCAAAGUAGAUGCUUUUCAAGUAAGAUCACCCUCAGGCCUCUGGGAGACCCUCAGAGCCUCCUGCAGGGUGCUCUGGUGGGCUUCCCGGCAGCACGCGAUCUCUAUCUGCCUCAGAUGUUGAUCGAGGCUGACAAGCCAAAGCCCUGGGCACAGUUUAGUUUCCAUGGAACUACUUUCCCUUGCCCAGCUGUAGGCAAAGGAAAUGAGCAACGAAAGUGUGAGGUCGGCUCCAGCACCUUCAGUUCCAGGUUUUUGUUUGCUUUCCUUCAUAAAUGUAUUCUGUGCCUGCUUUAAGGGUCUUGCUCUAACUUUCCUUUUGGCACCAGCUGCAAAGGACAGUUGGCUUUGCCAGGGCUGUGGAUUUGAAGCCACUCUUGACUUUCCCGGGGAGAUAAAAAGAGACAGAAGAACUUACCUCCACCAGCACCGCAGAAAGCUCUCCUGCAUUGCCUGUGAGCCAUCAGUGAACAGAUGGGAUUCUGUGUUUGCAGCUAUGCUCCAUGUAAUUCAGCAAAUCCUUGCUGGGCACCCGGGGUGUGCCAGGCCCUGUGCCAGACAGAGGAAGAGAGGAAGAGUUAGGCAUGUCUCUGCCCAUAAGGAGCUCCUGGUCUUACAAGCUGUUGGGACGUUUCCUUUGCAGUGUUAGGGGCUGUCUAGGGGGAGUCGGCACUAUUGGGGACAGAAGUUGAGGGUUGGGCCAAGUGGGGUAACUUGCUUUGGCCAUUCUCCAAAGUCAGGUGAUCAGUGUAGUGCUGGGAGCCCUGACGCACAUCGCUGGGCCAGCUGAGGCGCUCCCCGGGGAAUCAGGCCAUGCUGCCCUGUGUUUCAGACUCAUUCACGGGGUUGAAAUAACCUGGCUGAGAGUCAGUGACACUAGGCGGAAAUUAGGAAGGGUGACCAGGUCCGGGGCUGGCAAGACCUAAGGCCACGAAGCCACCUGACAUGAGGGAGCAGCUCUGAGGCCCCACAUUGUAGCUGAGGAGGAAAAGAGGACCUGACUCCCGAGGACCUUGUGGGGGUUCACACUGGACCCUGUGGAGCAGAGGCUCUGAAAGUGCAUGCCUGGACGGCAGCAUCAGCUCCACCUAAGACCUACCGAGUUGGAAAUUCCGGGGUGGGAACCAGCCAUCCGAGUUUUAAUGAGCUCUCGGGUUCUGAUGCCCACUAAGGUUUAAGGACCACUGACACAGAGGAUGAGGAGAGUGACUUAAGCUGGCUUUGGGAGGAGAGGACCGUUAGCAAGAUAAAACGCUCAACCACUAGUGUGGUGAGGAGAGGGGCCUGCCAGGCUCCAGGGCACACUUCCGGAGGCGGGGGUUUCACAGAACCCUGGUCCUAGACCCAGUUCCACACCUCCCCUCGGGCAGGACCCGCUUCCUGCUGGUCUGGCCCCUUUCCUCCUGGCAAGGCUGUCGUGAGGCCACCCAUCCCUAAGGAGCUGCUACCCAGCUCCCUCCUCAACGGCUGCACUUUAGGGGAACAAUGAAGCUGCAGCAAUGACCCUGCAUUGCCAGGAGAACUGCUCUCUGUGCUGCUGGAGCCUGGCAAACUGGGCAUGGUCACCUAAGGACACUGCAGGUUGCUGCAGUGCUGCUCUGUGUGUGACGGGACUGGGCACACAGCAGCAUCACCCAGACACUAAAUCAGGAGGAAAUAAAUGGCUUCUCUUGGAAGGGCAGUCACUCUUCCUACUGAAAGUAGAAAACCAAAACCAAAAACAAGCUUGCAGCCUUCCCUACAGACAAUCGGUCUUGGCCCUUGAAUUUCUAAGACCAGACUACGCCAAUGCCCCUUUUCCCACUGAUCAGAUACCCAAGGUCGACCAAUUAUUGAUUUAUUCUUUUGAUUUAUGCUUUAAACUAGGAAGCUCCACAAGCCUUUGGGAGAACUAUUUGGUGCUCAGUCAUUUACAACCGACUGUGGUAUAGAAUCUGUCCUCGUAUGAGGAUUUCUGAGACUGGGAGUCAGAGGACUGGGGCGCUGGGCCUUGGGGUGGAAGAACUGGCAACAAGAGGGGCUGAGAAAGAGCCCAGGCACAUGGCCUUGGAUAGCUUCCCCUGCUACGUCUACUUCCUAAGAAGCCCAACUCCCUCCAGAGACACAUUCCUGGUCCUCUCAGCAGUCGCCUUGCUGGGUCCUCCCGCAUGCCCUUACGGACACCUCCAUUUUCCAGCCCAGCUUGGAAAACAGCUUCUGAUUAAAUGCCCAGCCAAUCUCCUGAGACCACAGAGAUCAUACUAACACAUCUCUAUGAGAUUAGAAUAUGCGACAAGGACUAGGGCUUGCCGGUUGCUGGUGAGAGAGCUUGGGAAAACCUAGAGGGGCAGGUAGAGUGCUGCUUCAUGCCACUUAGAUCCAGAAGAGCUUCUUCCUCACAGCCUGGCCUCUGUGAAUUCUCCAAAGAAACAUUAUUUUCCCCAAGAUCUUAAGGCAAUUUUAUGUGUUUCCCUGAGGUUAGUCAUUUGUUGCAGAAAGCCUGCUGUGGGACCAAAGGACGAGGGAUGGAUGUCAGGCAGUGGAUGGAGAGCCCUUUGCUAGAGCUGGGAGCAGGAGGGCCCUGUUCUGAUCGGCCUCCUGGACCUGUGUAGUCAGGUAUGGACCGGAGGUGAGGAGCUCAGACCCAGCCAGGACACCAGAUGGAGUGAGUGGGUA